AUGAGGCUCCUAAUACUUGUGCUAUUCAUUUCCGUUCAUUUCUCAUAUUCUGUCUCGAUUGUUGAUACUUCGAUUGCUUGUGAUAAGGCAGAUUUCUUGUUGAAAAUAAAAUUCGAUGAAAUAUUCCACGGAACAAUACGAAGUAGAUCGAAUAACCCGAGAUGCAUUUAUGUGAAUGGCACGAUCCAGCCCGACUCAAAAUACCAAUUAAAAAUUCCAUUAAAAGGUUGUUCGACGAGAGAAAAUGAGGAAGGGAAUUUGGAGAAUGAAAUCGAAGUUGUGAGCUCAUCGAGCAGCGAGUUCGACGUUGAGAAUGACAAGAGAUUCCUGCUCACUUGUAUUCCGGCGGCUCCAGUUCCCAAAGAAUCUUUGGUAACGGUCUCAUUCGGUGGAAUUACGAUCAAUAACGAGGCGACGACUGCUUCGACAAUUUCAGAAAACCGGACAGUCGAUUAUGCGGUGAAAGUGCUUGACGGCGACAGUUUGGAAUCGACGCCGUUGACUCGGCCGCUUGCCGUCGGCGACAAAGUGACAUACUCUGUGGAAAUGGAUGAAUCUGUGAAUGGAAGAAUUGGAAAGUGCUGGGCGAAUGACGGUGUCAGCGAGUUGCCGCUGUCAGAUGCACAAGGAUGCUCUCUGCAAAGCUCUGGAGAGCAAAUAAUUAAAAUAAAAAAUAAAAAUGAUUUUUGUCAGGUUUGGGGCGACUUCAGUGUGACGAAGAAGAACGGAAAACGCAUUUUCUACAAUCAUAUCAAAGCCUGGGCGUUUCCAACAAGUAACGAAGUGAACAUCUUCUGUAAUCUUCACGUGUGUGUCACAUGCACUCAACCGAAUUGUCGUGGUCGCGAACGUCGUCAUCCGUCGGAUCCUCGCGAUCCGUUCACUUCCGAUGUUGACGUGUCGGACAUUUCGCCGCCGAUUCCAAUUCGAACCUCAUUCCGAUUGAAACGCGAAAAUACGGCGAAAAUCGAAAAACAAGCGGUCACCUCAUCAUCAUCAUCAUCAUCGAGCUCAUUUCUCUCAACUAUAGCUCUCGUUUAUUAUAUCAUUCAAUACUGCUAUUAUAAUAACUAA